AUGAUCAAAGAAGCUGCUACGAUAUUUGGACGCCCAUUAAGGGAUGUUGUGGGACUAGCAGACCUGAUGAAGGGCAAUGGCUUCAGGGAUGAGUUAGGACUUUGGAAUAAUGAGAACAUCACAUCUGGGUGGGAAGGCUUCUGUAUGGCGCCGUUCACGAGGGCGAGGAACUGGACGAGGGAAGAAGUUCCGCCGCUCAUGGACCAGGUUCGCCAUGAGUUCAACGACAAAAGUAUUCAUACAUACUUAAACGUAUGGUCGAUUCACGGCAGGAAGCCUACGGCAGAAGCGAUAGGGUUUGAGGAUGGCGACUGA